CCUUAUGGAUAAUCCGGCCCUGCUCCCAGGCAGUCCUCCCUCCACCCACCCCGAUCAGUUUGCAGCACAGUGGGCUUCAGCUUAUCAUUGUGUGCUAAAACUGUUUUUAUUCAUGCAUAUUUUUUUAAGAAAACUAAGUUUACUAGUGUUCCUUGGUCACAGUGCCAUGGUGAUCCAUUCUGAGCACAGCAGCAACCUCAGCGCCGGGCAGCAGAGCUCCUCUCUAAGCCGGGGAGGUCACACCUCAGCGGCAGUGGUCCUCGGCUUCAUCCUGGUCCUGGGCGUCCUCGGUAACUUCCUGUUGCUCCUGGUGUUCUCUCGCUUUCCCGGGUUGAGGACUCCGGCCAAUCUUCUCCUGAUCAACAUCAGCGUCAGCGACAUGCUGGUCUGCCUCUUUGGGACUCCUCUCAGCUUGGCGGCCAGCGUGCGCGGCCGGUGGCUGACCGGGACCUACGGGUGCCGGUGGUACGGCUUCUGCAACGCGCUCUUCGGAAUCGUGUCCCUGGUGUCUCUCUCUCUGCUGUCGUUUGAGCGGUACACCGCGCUGCUCGGCGGCUCUCAGCUGAACUCUGUCCAGGAUCGCAGGGCCAGACUGGCUGUGGCGGUUUCCUGGUUCUACUCACUGGUGUGGACUUUGCCACCGCUGCUGGGCUGGAGCAGCUAUGGGCCGGAGGGUCCCGGCACCAUCUGCUCGGUCCAGUGGCAGCAGCGCUCACUCGCAGCUCGCUCCUACGUCGCCUGCUUGUUCGUUUUCUGCCUCCUCCUGCCGCUGCUGCUCAUGGUCUUCUGCUACGGCAAGAUCCUGCUGGCUGUCCGAGGCGUGACAAGACAGGGGGGCGGGAUCAACCAGUCGCAGGCCGAGCGCCGGGUCCUCCUGAUGGUGCUCACCAUGGUGACAGGUUAUCUGCUGUGCUGGAUCCCAUACGGUGUGGUGGCAAUGCUUGCCUCCUUUGAAGAGCCGGGAGUGGUGCCCCCUGCAGCCACUUUGGUUCCCUCCCUGCUGGCAAAGACCAGCACUGUUCUCAAUCCCGUCAUUUGUGGGCUGCUUAACAACCAGUUCUCCAGAUGUUUCCUCCACAUGAUCAGCUGCAGUGCAGAAGAUUCAACCUCUUCUGAUGGUGUAUGGAGCAGCAGGGGGAUCUGGCCCCAGAAUAUGCCAGUAGAGGAGCAAAACACAGAGCCUGCCACACUCCCAUCCAGAGACCACCAUGGACGCCAAUGGGAGCAGCUAGGAAUCAUCACAGGAUGCUGUGCUGUCAAUACACCACCAGAGGGCGCCAUGUGACUGAAUUUCUUUCCUGCAGAAAUACGUGUGACGCACAGAUAAGGGAGGUGUCUCCAAGUUA